CAACAAGAUGUUGCCACUCCUCAGAGCAUCAUUUUGGCCACCGAACUCGAGCGGCCACACGUAUUCAGGCAAUUCUCCUCUGUCUCUUGCGUUAAAUGUUACUAUCUUGUGUAAUGUGAGCAUGUUUGAGGCGACGCCCAACGCAAACAGCUCCCCUGUUUCUUUGCAGAUCUCUGAAUUGAGUCGAGACAACACUGUGAGGACACAGGGGGCGUCAGAUUUUGCUGACCUUAGCAUCUUUGGACCGUUUCAAUGGGAAGCUCUUUGCAAAUAACGCCAUAAGGGAGUCCUCUCCGCUUUGCCUCCGUUCAUUUCCUUGAGACACGCUGCUGUAUGUUUCCCGUUUGUCCUGAAGGCGCAUACGGGCGGAUAUAUUCGAGUCCGGCGCGGCAGAUCUGGCGCAGCGGGCGGGAGGAACACCAGGAUCAUUGCAGUACCUGUAAUGAAUGGCUGCUGAAAGACACCACUGACCCUGGCAACGAGACGUUUUAUUAGUCCUGCUGGUGUCAUGUAAACAUAAUCAUUUAGCAAAUGAUUUCUCGGCGCUUUGGGGACCCUUGUUGCUUGCAGUGUUUCCUGAGUUCUGAUGAGAGAGGGAGGUGUUAACCAGUGAAAGGAAGCCCCAAAUUUCCCUGCUUCUUUCCCACAAACUUUUAAAGGCAACAUCGUCGCAUCCUGACCACAAACUGCAGGUUGCAUUCAUUCACAGCAUGACUGUUGCCACAGGCGACCCAGUUGAUGAAGCCGCAGCUCUCCCGGGUCAGCCACAGGACACGUAUGACCCGGAACCAGACCAUGAGUGCUGUGAAAGGGUGGUCAUUAACAUCUCUGGCCUGCGCUUUGAGACGCAGCUCAAAACUCUUUCUCAGUUCCCAGAGACAUUGCUUGGGGACCCCAAAAAGAGAAUGCGCUAUUUUGACCCUCUGAGGAACGAGUACUUUUUUGACAGGAACCGCCCAAGUUUUGACGCCAUUCUGUAUUACUACCAGUCAGGUGGCAGGCUGCGGAGGCCUGUCAAUGUGACAUUGGAUAUUUUUUCUGAGGAGAUACGUUUUUAUGAGCUCGGGGAAGAAGCCAUCGAGAUGUUCAGGGAGGAUGAAGGAUUUAUUAAGGAAGAGGAGAAACUCCUGCCAGAAAAUGAGUUUCAGAGGCAGGUAUGGCUGCUCUUUGAGUACCCUGAAAGUUCAGGGCCUGCCCGGAUUAUUGCCAUCAUUUCCGUCAUGGUCAUUCUCAUAUCUAUAGUCAGUUUUUGCCUGGAGACACUUCCAGUUUUUCGCAGUGAGGACCUGGACCCGCACAAAAUUCCCAUGGGCUCCAACUCAACAAAUAGUUACACCUCCUCCUACUUUACUGACCCUUUCUUCAUUCUGGAGACCCUUUGCAUCAUAUGGUUCUCCUUCGAGUUCCUGGUGCGGUUCUUUGCGUGUCCCAGCAAAGCAGGCUUCUUUGUCAAUAUAAUGAACAUCAUUGAUAUUGUGGCUAUAAUACCUUACUUUAUCACCUUGGGCACAGAGCUAGCAGAGAAGCCAGAGGAUGGCCAGCAAGGGCAGCAAGCCAUGUCACUUGCCAUUUUGAGGGUCAUCAGAUUAGUACGAGUCUUCAGGAUCUUCAAACUGUCCCGGCACUCGAAAGGGUUGCAGAUUCUCGGGCAAACGCUCAAGGCCAGCAUGAGGGAGCUAGGGCUGCUUAUCUUCUUUCUCUUCAUCGGAGUCAUCCUCUUUUCGAGUGCCGUCUUCUUCGCAGAGGCAGACGAGGCUGACUCGCAGUUUAUUAGCAUCCCCGAUGCCUUCUGGUGGGCAGUGGUCACAAUGACGACAGUAGGGUACGGUGACAUGGUUCCAACUACAAUCGGUGGCAAAAUUGUGGGUUCCUUGUGUGCUAUCGCUGGUGUACUGACCAUUGCCUUGCCCGUGCCCGUCAUAGUCUCAAACUUCAACUACUUCUACCAUCGAGAGACAGAAGGCGAGGAACAGGCCCAGUACCUUAACGUGACCAGCGUCCCCAAGAUAGACUCCUCGGAGGACCUGAAAAAGAGCCGCAGCGGGUCAACCAUGAGCAAGUCUGACUACAUGGAAAUUCAAGAAGCUGUUAACAACAGCAACGAGGACUUUCGAGAGGAGAACAUCAAGACCGGCAACUGCACCCUAACCAACACUAACUAUGUUAACAUCACCAAAAUGCUUACAGAUGUAUAACUGCUUUGAUCAGCCUUGUCGAAGAAGGUGAGAUAAAGUAGGGGAGUGCAAACCCCAGUUUUGAAGGCUUCAGACGCCUCGUGCAAGAGUUUCAAGACGGGAGGACUGAAACGCGUCCAUUUGAGAGAAGGAUCAGUAAAGAAGACCUGUCCAUCAUUCCAUCCCCAUUCCCUGUCGCAAGUUCUGGAAAACUUGUUGUUUUGCAUCCUUGUGUUCAGUGUCUGCAUGGAGUUUGUCUUUUCUGUGUGACUGUUCUAGUAGUCGUUCUGCUUGCAACAGUAGCCAAAUUGUAGCCUAACCGAUAGAUACAAGCGUAGCAUAGAGGGACCAAUUCCUGACUCCCAUUCCCCCAUUCACUGCCAACCUGAGGACCCCUUGAGUCUUUUUCGAGUGUAUUUGUACCUUAAAAGAACAACAAUUUUGUCACUCCAAAUUGAUCAGUGGCUUUAAAACAUGAAGGAGUUAACAUAUUUGUGAAGAAUCACCAUGGAGGAUGUAUUUCUCUGUGAAUGCACAAAUGCUGCCUGUCCUGCCAGCCACAACAGCAUACCAUGUGUGGUACCUAAAAAUGUAACAUUCCAAUUUGUGACGGAGAAAUACAUGCAUGACCAAUCUUGGGGGCCUGGAAAGCCGGUUAAAUCUCUAUGACCAUUUUUCCCUCUUUUGCUGCCAGCGUUCUAGGAUCUCAGUGUGUCCUGUCUUAGAGU